AUGAGACCAGAUCACUCUGCUCGGCCAUUAUUAGUUACUCGUUCAUAUAAUCAGCUUAGUAAAGGGUCUAAGAAAAACUUUCUCUCAUCAACACAAUUCGUUGUUGAUGCUGUUCUGGAAUUUCUCUCUGGAAGCGAUGCAGAUCAAGUUCGUCAAGAGUUAUUUUUAAAAGAAGGCAAGAGAAGCAACAUCGUAAUGGAUCCGAAAUUAAUGAAUAUUUUGACAGCUAUUGCUGAAGCUUACAAUAACACUGAUAGUUCUAUUGGUCGUCGAACAAUUCUAUCUAUUGUAGCUAAACAAGUGGACUAUAAUCUUAUUUCAUCAGUUAUUCCUGGAUUGACAAGAUACAGAUACACAGCAGCUCGUUUGUAUGCGGAAGAAUAUGGUAAAGGUAUGAUAAAAGUACCAUCACAUCGUGCAAACAUUCGCUAUGAUCCAGCUCAGGUGGAGCAUUUUAUUGAUUUUAUUCUUAGUCCUCAUAUAUCUAUUGAUCUUCCCUUUGGAGAAAAAACUCUACGGCUUUCCAGUGGCACAGAAUUAUAUGUACCUGAUAUAAUUCGAUCAAUCAAUUCAACACGGAUUAUACAACAGUACUAUGAAUAUUGCCAUCAAAUGUGUUCUGAUUUUUCACCACUGAGUUCGUCCUCGUUAUAUAAAAUUCUAGACUGUUGUAAAGCUUCAACACGCAAAGCUCUUCAAGGUUUGAAUAAUUUCGUGGCAGAUGGAGUCACUGCUUUUGAAGGUUUAAAAAGUAUGAUUGAAAAUCUUUUGAUCGAUGUUCACGAAAAAACACGAUUAACUACAGAUUUACAACGCGCAAAACAAUAUCUUAAAUCUGACUUUAAACUUCAUGUAAGCCGAUUAUCACGUGUUCCUGAUCAUUGUAUUUUAUUUGCACUAAGCGAAAGGCAUUCUCAGUUUUUUUCGUCCUCAUGUGAUCACAAUCACGAUGAGACUUGCAUAGAAUGUACGAAUCUCAAGAGUGUUAUUUUCGACAUCAAAGAAGCAAUACAAAAGUAUAAAUCACAAGAAAUUAUCGAUCGGACAAUGUACGAUUACGAUGAUUUUGUGGAAUCUAUAUUAGCAUGGAAAGCCCAUUUACUACGCUGUGUAAAUCAGGACCAAUGCCGAACGGAUGUUUUACAAGUAAUGUCUGCCAACAGUAUAUUUUUGAACUUAGAUUGGGCAAUGAAGUAA